AUGCGCGCGCGGGAUGAUGAUCACGGACCGAACAGUCCAGAGUUUGGCAGAGUGUUUGAGAGAGAGAGAGAGAGAGAGAGAGAGAACUCUGGCAAGUUUGCCAGUGGCAUUCGAGCCAUGGUCAUGCUGGCUCGUUCAAAAAGAGUGGUCUACGAAGCAAAGGCUUCCUGGCCAAGUCUAGACGCUGGUGAAGUCGGAUGCGGCCUAUCCGUAGCAAACUUUGUUGAUACGGAUGUUGGUGGCAGGCCGCAGUCCUGGGAUUUCGGCGCAACCGCUCUCAAUGCAACAUCAAAUGACACUGAUGAGGUGCUUUGGCGUCUGAUAAGCGCGCUUUUGGUCCGAACCCCACGAGUCCAUCAAUCUGAAGUUUUCGGAGAGUUCGUCGCCGAAGGACUCGGCCUAAGUCUUUUUUCGAAGUACACCGUAGCUCACCCAUCUCGACCACAGUUCUGGGUAUUAUCACCAGGCAUGAAGAUCGGCUCAAACCUCCCUGUAUACUGUAGCGACACGGGGCCAUUCGGUACCAACCUCCCCAGGCCCCUCUACGCAGAUGUCACCACAAACCUAAAUGAGGCUCACCCCAUGUAUUCCCUAGUAGGCACACCUGCCAGUGGUCCCGUAUCGUCAGGAAGGAUAAUACCUAGUGAUUUCGCAACUGGCAUUGGCGCCUCCGUCAGAACUAGUGCAUCUCGUCUUCGGUGCUCGCAAUGGGGCGGCGGGGCACCUUCGGGCGAUCUGCAUCAUGAUACGGCAGGCAAGCAGGACCGUAGCCUGAUUAGGCGAAGGCCCUUUUCGGCAGCGUCGCCCGCAAGUGCCGUCGUAUUGGCUUCUGUAUCCGUCAUACAACAACCUCAGGGUCGCUGCAUGGACCCUGUUAUUGAGCCUUUUAUGAGCGAGACCGUAACAGACACUGUUACAGCGACCGCCACCAAGUCCUUGAAGCAGCCCAUUGCUGCUGCUACUCCGAUGGCCAGGUAUUUCAUCGCUGUCCAGGUUCAGACGGCUCCUGGGACGCGAGAAAUUCUCCGGCUGGUUGCAUCAAGGUUGCGCAUGAAUCUUGCUCAUAUGACGCUUGCCCUGAUCGCAGGUCCGUGGCAAGUAGAAGAUAUCCCCCGUGUGAACGUCGCGCCUCUAUCAUGCAUUGGCCCUACCCACUCCGGUACAUUGCUUCCUGUGAGGUUUGAGCAGUAUUGCAAUGGGUCAAAGAAGUCGCGAUGGAGAACAAUACCUGACAAGGCGACAGCCCUUGUCAUUUGCUUGACUCGGGUGAAUGGCGGUCAACCUGAAAGACGGUAUCUGCAAGACAGCAGAACCGCUAGCGGUGUUACCAUUUCGGCUCAGUUGCAUCAAGUUGGCUUGAAGUUUGCGACUCAAGUUGCCGCUUGCCUUGAGCACCGUCAACUUCAGUCGUCGCAGGAACCACCUCCACGCCUUUUGGACACCCAAGAGAGAGACGGCUUGGUCUGGAGUCCGUGGGCGCUUGUGAUGUUUCACCCAGCGCUAUCUCUAGUUUAUGGGUUGGGUGCCUCGAGACUGGCCAGCCCGCCUGGUGGGUUUGACUGCCGCCUCGAAUCCGACCCAUCGUCCUCCCCAAUCGCUGUUUCUGCCAGUUCUCAGACAGCCGUUCAGUGCCUUUGCAUGCCUAGGCAACUGACGAAGAUGAAUUCUGGUAUUGGUGGACAGGACGUUAGUGCGUUUUCCGGAAAUGCCAAAAGUGCAACGUCAGCGAGAUGUAGCCGUAUUCGUAACAGAGUCGUACAGACGCUGCAAGACAUCGCGAGGGGUUCCUUCUCGAUCCGCGACGAAGCUCUUCUACCGGAACAAGGCAUACCCCGCAAGGUAUUCAGUCAACUGACGAGCUGA